AUGGCAUCAACAUUUUCAGUAGCCCAGAAUGAGUUCAGCUGUUCAGUCUGUCUGGACACACUGAAUGAUCCAGUAACCCUUCUUUGUGGACACAGUUUCUGUAUGGUGUGUAUCAACAACUGCUGGGAUCGGGAGGAUGAUAAAGGAACAUACAGCUGUCCACAGUGUAGACAAACCUUCACUCCAAGACCUGCUGUGAGAAAAAACAUUAUUCUGGCUGAAGUUCUGGAGAACCUGAAGAAAACAGAACUUCAAGCUCCACAACCUGUUCACUCUUCUGCUGAACCUGAAGAUGUGGAGUGUGAUUCCUGCACUGGGACAAAAUACAAAGCUGUUAAAUCCUGUCUGGUGUGUUUGACCUCUUACUGUGAAACUCACCUCCAGCCUCACUAUGAAUCUCCUGCUUUUAAGACUCACACACUGGUUAAAGCUACCAGACGACUGCAGGAGCAGAUCUGCUUUCGGCAUAAUAAAUCGCUGGAGGUUUACUGUUGUACUGAUCAGCAGUGUAUCUGCAUGUUGUGUACCAUGGAUGAUCAUAAAGGACAUGAUACAAUAUCAGCUGCAGCAGAAAGAACUGAGAAACAGAAGCAGCUGCUGGAGGUACAGAGAAAAUUCCAAGAGAAAAUUCAGAACAGAGAGAAAGAACUUAAUGAGCUGAUAAACGCUGUGGAGUCUCACAAGUUUUCUGCACAGACAGCAGUAGAGAACAUUCAGAGGAUCUGUACUGAACUGAUCGACUCAAUUAUGAGAAGAUUCUCUGAGAUGAAGGAACUGAUCAGAGAUCGAGAGAAAACUGAAGUCAGUCAAGCUGAAAAUGUCAUAAAGCAGCUGAAGCAGGAGAUUGUGGAGCUAGAGAGGAAAAAUGAUGGACUGGCGAAGCUUUCACAGACAGUGGAUCCCAUCCAUUUUCUCCAGAGUUUCCGGUCUCUCUCGACUCCUGCUGGAUCUGCAGAAUCACCCACCAUCACAAUCAGUCCUUUCCUCUCAUUUGAUGAUGUUACAGAGUCUGUAUCUCAGCUGAGAGAGAAAGUAGAAGAAUUCUGGGAAGAGCAGUUUAAGAAGAUACCAGAUGAAGUGAAGGUGGUUCAGAUCCUUCCACCAGAAAUCAGAGAAGAUUUUCUUCAAUAUUUCUGUCAGUUCACAUUGGACCCAAACACAGUACAUAACUACCUCGAUCUGUCUGAGGAGAACAAAGUGGUGACCAACAGUGGAACAAAAAAGUCGUAUUCUAAUCAUCCAGAUAGAUUUGACUGGUUCUUCCAGUUUCUGUGUAGAGAGAGUGUGAGUAGAUGCUGUUACUGGGAGGUUGAGUGGAAUGGAAAUAAUGGGGUUGAUAUAUCAGUGUCAUAUAAAAGCAUCAGAAGAAAGGGGAGUGGUACUGAGUGUGUGUUUGGAGGUAAUGAUCAGUCUUGGAAGUUGUUCUGUUCUCCAUCCAGCUUUUCAUUCUGGCACAAUAACAAAGAGCGUAAAAUCCCCAUAAUGCCGAGUUCCUCUAGAAUAGGAGUGUAUGUGGAUUACAGAGCAGGAACUCUGUCCUUCUACAGCGUCUCUGACACAAUGAAGCUUCUCCACAGAGUUCAGACCAAGUUCACUCAGCCCCUCUACCCGGGGAUUUUGGUUUAUUCAGGAACAAAAGUAAAACUGUCAGAUUUGGAUGUGAUUCUGGAUCCUGAUACAGCAAAUUGUAAUCUCAUCCUGUCUAAUGAUGGAAAACAAGUGAAGCAUGGAGACAAACGACAGAAUCUCCCUGAUAAUCCAAAGAGGUUUAAUAGCUGCCCCUGUGUACUGGGAAAGCAGGGAUUCUCUACAGGAAGAUUUUACUAUGUGGUGCAGCGGAUCCGCUAUGUCAGCCUGGCUGAGUGGGUAAAAGUUACGGCUUGUUUCUCCUACUCACCCCGGGUUCGAAUCCGCGCUUUCGCCGUCACUCCCGUAAUCCUUUCUCAUUAUACCGGUUACUUCCCAGCGGCUCAGUACGUUCCGCUGGUGACCGUACCGAAGAUAUUCCUCAUAAAGGUGAUGGCAUUUCAGAUCCUUCGACGUUCUGAACCUCAAACCAGAGAAGAUUUUCUACAAUAUUUCUGUCGGUUCACACUGGAUCCAAACACAGCACAUCAAAGCCUCCGUCUGUCUGAGGAGAACAAAGUGGUGACCUGGAGUGAAACAGAACAGCCGUAUCCUGAUCAUCCAGAUAGAUUUGAUUGUUACUCUCAGGUUCUGUGUAGAGAGAGUGUGACUGGACGCUGUUACUGGGAGGUUGAGUGUAGUGGGUGUAAUGGGGUUGAUGUAGCAGUGUCAUAUAAAAGCAUCAGCAGGAAGGGAGAGGGUUGUGAGUGUGUGUUGGGAUAUAAUAAUCAGUCCUGGUACAUGUACUGUUCUCCAACCAGAUUUGUAUUCCGGCACAAUACCAAAGAGACUAAAAUUCCCAUAAUGCCGAGUUCCUCUAGAAUAGGAGUGUAUGUGGAUUACAGAGCAGGAACUCUGUCCUUCUACAGCAUCUCUGAUACAAUGAAGCUCCUCCACAGAGUUCAGACCACAUUCACUCAGCCCCUCUACCCGGGGUUUUCGGUUAAUCCAGGAUCAACAGUUCAGAUCCUUCCACCUCCAACCAGAGAAGAUUUUCUACAAUAUUUCUGUGUGUUCACACUGGAUCCAAACACAGUAAAUAAAAACCUCCUUCUGUCUGCGGGGAACAAAGUGGCGACCCGGAGUGGAACAGAACAGUUGUAUCCUGAUCAUCCAGAUAGAUUUGAUUGGUACCCCCAGGUUCUGUGUAGAGAGAGUGUGACUGGACGCUGUUACUGGGAGGUUGAGUGUAGUGGUAGUAAUGGGGUUGAUAUAGCAGUGUCAUAUAAAAGCAUCAGCAGGAAGGGAGAGGGUUGUGAGUGUGUGUUGGGAUAUAAUAAUCAGUCCUGGUACAUGUACUGUUCUCCAACCAGAUUUGUAUUCCGGCACAAUACCAAAGAGACUCAUAUGCCGAGUUCCUCUAGAAUAGGAGUGUAUGUGGAUUACAGAGCAGGAACUCUGUCCUUCUACAGCGUCUCUGAUACAAUGAAGCUCCUCCACAGAGUUCAGACCACGUUCACUCAGCCCCUCUACCCGGGGUUUUCGGUUAAUCCAGGAUCAACAGUUCAGAUCCUUCCACCUGAAACCAGAGGAGAUUUUCUACAAUAUUUCUGUGUGUUCACACUGGAUCCAAACACAGUAAAUAAAAACCUCCUUCUGUCUGGGGGGAACAAAGUGGCGACCUGGAGUGGAACAGAACAGUGGUAUCCUGAUCAUCCAGAUAGAUUUGAUUGUUACCCCCAGGUUAUGUGUAGAGAGAGUGUGAGUGGACGCUGUUACUGGGAGGUUGAGUAUAGUGGGAGUAAUGGGGUUGAUAUAGCAGUGUCAUAUAAAAGCAUCAGCAGGAAGGGAGAGGGUUAUGAGCGUAUGUUUGCGUUUAAUAAUCAGUCCUGGUACAUUUACUGUACUCCAACCAGAUUUGUAUUCCGGCACAAUACCAAAGAGACUAAAAUUCCCAUAAUGCAGAGUUCCUCUAGAAUAGGAGUGUAUGUGGAUUACAGAGCAGGAACUCUGUCCUUCUACAGCAUCUCUGAUACAAUGAAGCUCCUCCACAGAGUUCAGACCACGUUCACUCAGCUCCUCUACCCGGGGUUUAGGGUUAAUCCAGGAUCAACAGUUCAGAUCGUUCCACCUCCAACCAGAGAAGAUUUUCUACAAUAUUUCUGUCGGUUCACUCUGGAUCCAAACACAGUAAAUAAAUACCUCAGUCUGUCUGAGGAGAACAAAGUGGUGACCUGUAGUGGAACAGACCAGUCGUAUCCUGAUCAUCCAGAUAGAUUUGAUCAUCUCCCCCAGGUUCUGUGUAGAGAGAGUGUGUGUGGACGCUCUUACUGGGAGGUUGAGCUGACUGAGGAUUGUAGUGUUGAUGUAGCAGUGUCAUAUAAAAGCAUCAGCAGGAAGGGAGAUCUUCAGUCUCAUUUUGGAUAUAAUAAUCUGUCCUGGUAUUUGUACUGUUCUCCAGGCUUAUUUGUUUUCCGGCACAAUCACAAUGAGACUGAAAUCCGCCCAGUGCCGACUCCCUGUAGAAUAGGGGUGUAUGUGGAUUACAGAGCAGGAACUCUGUCCUACUACUGCGUCUCUGAUACAAUGAAGCUCCUCCACAGAGUUCAGACCAAGUUCACUCAGCCCCUCUACCCGGGGUUUAAGGUUAAUGGAUCAAAAGUGAAACUGUCAGAUCACAUUUAAUGUUGACAUUUAUUAAACUAUGUGGAUGCUGUUAGAAUCUCAUGUGAGGCAGUGAUACAUCUGUGAAGACUUUCUUUUUAAAACAAGUAGUUGAGUAGGGGGAGUGUCUAAGUAUUUCUAACAGUUUUUCAGUAUUGAUUACAGAGAUGGUGGCCCAUUUUUACUUUUGUGCUGCUUCCUUUAACUACUUACUAGGAAUUACCUGUAUUUAAUGAGCUCUUCAGCCAUUUUAAAGGGUCUGUUCAUGGAUACAGACUGAAUUUGUGUGUACUAUAAUUAAAAGAUAGAUAGAUAGUAUAAAUUUGCUUAAGUGAUUAUGAAGUGAUUAUUUUUUUUCCCAUUUCAUGUAUUUAUUUUGCUUAAUUUUGGUUAUUUGGGCUGGGACAUUGUGCACCAAUCACUGGACUAAUAAAACACAAUUUUAGCAGACAA